AUGGGUUUCCACCACCGCCUUGCCAUAGCUGUUUCCUUGGUCAAUGUCGUGACUCCAUUACUAGCUAGCGUAUGUGGUAUUUUUACCGUUUACAUCGAAGCCGCCCGCUGCCGUUCCGGCUACUGCAUGCCACCGUUUGACUUGAACUUAGCUGACACUAUUGCCCAGCUUAUCGAGAUGGAUUUGGACAGCUUUUCGAAUGCCUCCAUCACCAUACGGGCGGAGAUUGACGAUGGCGAUGAGGGGAAGACUGUCUCCCUCGAACAACUCAAAAAACAUGGCAUACUCGCUGAUGGUUCCCUUGCCAAAAUUGAGAUUAAUCACUCCUCAGUCCCCACUGACAAUCUUCCCGAUGAAGUCCGCAACAUACGGGAGCGCAUAAUACGGCGCCUGGACUCGCGGGCCAACUCCGUCUACCCAUCCAGAGUCUGGGAUCCAUAG